AUCAACAACUCUUCAUUGCUUUGUUCUACAUAAACCCCAUCUCAUUUCUUCUUCUAAAACCAAACUCUUAAAUUUUAUAACUUGUAACAAAACACAUUAUAUAUCAUUUCAUCAAGAAAAUGAGAGAAAUUCUUCAUAUUCAAGCCGGGCAAUGCGGAAACCAAAUCGGUGCCAAGUUUUGGGAAGUGGUUUGCAAUGAACAUGGGAUUGACUCGAGUGGUGCAUACAAUGGCAACACUCAUGUUCAACUAGAGCGAGUCAAUGUGUACUAUAAUGAGGCGAGUGGUGGACGAUAUGUCCCACGGGCCGUUUUGGUUGAUCUAGAGCCCGGUACUAUGGAUAGUCUACGUGCCGGGCCUUAUGGCCAAAUCUUUAGACCCGAUAACUUUAUUUUUGGCCAAAAUGGUGCCGGUAACAAUUGGGCUAAGGGUCAUUAUACCGAAGGUGCCGAGUUAGUUGAUGCUGUUCUUGAUGUUGUUCGCAAAGAAGCAGAGAAUUGUGAUUGCUUGCAAGGGUUCCAAGUAUGUCAUUCACUUGGAGGAGGUACUGGAUCCGGUAUGGGUACUUUAUUGAUAUCCAAGAUCCGAGAGGAAUAUCCGGAUCGAAUGAUGUUGACUUUCUCGGUCUUCCCAUCGCCUAAGGUGUCCGAUACGGUGGUUGAGCCGUAUAACGCUACCCUCUCUGUCCAUCAACUUGUCGAAAAUGCUGACGAAUGCAUGGUUCUUGACAACGAAGCGUUGUAUGAUAUUUGUUUCCGAACCCUCAAGCUCACCAAUCCAAGCUUCGGUGACUUGAACCACUUGAUAUCAACAACCAUGAGUGGGGUCACUUGUUGUCUCCGGUUUCCGGGUCAACUGAACUCGGACCUCCGUAAACUGGCGGUGAACCUAAUCCCGUUCCCACGUCUCCACUUCUUUAUGGUGGGGUUCGCGCCUUUAACCUCCCGAGGAUCUCAACAAUACCGGGCCUUAACAAUCCCGGAACUCACCCAACAAAUGUGGGAUUCCAAAAACAUGAUGUGUGCCGCGGACCCACGUCACGGGCGUUACCUCACGGCGUCAGCAAUGUUUCGGGGCAAGAUGUCUACUAAGGAAGUAGACGAACAAAUGAUGAAUGUACAAAACAAAAACUCGUCUUAUUUCGUUGAAUGGAUCCCAAACAAUGUGAAAUCGAGUGUUUGUGACAUCCCUCCAACGGGCCUUGCUAUGUCUUCGACAUUUAUGGGGAACUCGACGUCUAUUCAAGAGAUGUUUAGGCGAGUUUCUGAACAGUUUACGGUUAUGUUUAGGAGAAAGGCUUUCUUGCAUUGGUACACAAGUGAAGGGAUGGAUGAAAUGGAGUUCACCGAGGCAGAGAGUAACAUGAAUGAUUUGGUGUCCGAAUAUCAACAGUAUCAAGAUGCCGUGGCUGAUGACGAUGUCGAAGAAGAUGAAUAUGAAGGAGAAGAAGAUGAACAACAUUAAGUUUUUUUUUUUGAUGAUUUUUAUUGCAUUUUACGAUUCUAUAUAUUUUGCGAGUAUUGUUUUUGCAAUCAUUUCGUUUUUAUGAUAUAAUAAUGAAUGAAUAAUGUAAUAUCUGUUUAAUUAUUUUUGGGGUUAUGGUGAUAA